UUAAACAAUAAAAAAACACUACUUCACCUUAUCUAAAAUGUAGCGACAUUUUAUAGACUGUUGCAAGUUUUUUAUAAAAAAUAAAACGAAUAUGAAUUCAUAUUUUCUUGGGACACAAGCUUACAUAUCAUCAAUAGUGAUCAUCCAGACGCAUUGCUAUGUUCUUCUGGCAGCCAACUUGGACGAUUUCAAGUCAAUUGCAAAGAAAUUCGUGCCUGAUACACUAGCCAACCAGCUGGCAGACUUGGCUUCACAAUCAGGUGUCAAAUAUCGCCAGGAAUCAUCGUUCCAUGAGACGUCAGAGAGCAACAGCGAAGAGCAUGAAGCUAAAAGGGUACCCCGAGACAAAAGCGUCGAGAAAGAGACAAAAAACGUGAAAUACGCAAAGAUUAACUUUGAGGAGCUAGUGCAGAAGGUCAAGGAAAGAAUCCAAAAGGAUUUGGAGGUACAGAAGAUAAUAAAAGUAACGAAAAAAGACACAGAACAGUAUUAUAGUGAAGAGUUGCCGAAAGCCAGUCGUUUCGUCAACGAGAGAAGAAAAAAAACCACGAAAUCUGUUAGACAACCGAAGAAAGAAAGAGAGGAAGGUGAUGAUGGGAUGACUUUCGCCAAAAUUGAAAUGAAAGGAAACGACAGCUAUGAAGAUUACGUCAUCCCCCAAAAAGGAGAAGAUAUCUUCGAAAGCGAUGUCGAGAAACUGGCUGACUUCCCAACUACUUAUAAACAACUGUCUAAACACACUACCCAAGCUACAGAAAGGCCUGUAGAAUACGAAUAUGAGAAGACAGAAGAAAUGAAAGCAAAGACUGAAGAUUUGUGGUACGAUUAUAAACAAACUAAUGCUACAGAAGAUUACAAGGAUACAACACCUCUAAAAAGUAGUACGAAGAAGAAUAAAGGUACAAUGAUACCGAAAAGAGAUUUCUACAAAAUGAGCAGCCCAAAUUAUUUUGCGAAGGUUCCAAUUGUAGCUGAGAAGUACGAUUUUGAUGAGCCACUCCCGGAAAAAGAUAGGGAACCUGAGAAUUUGCAGCCUGUGAGAGGGUUACCACUACCGUCGAACAUUAACGGCAAAAUUAAAUUGAGUUAAGACAUACAAAUUCUAAUUAUUAUUAAGUGAGCU